AUGGAAAUCCGUGAUGAUGGUGCAAAAUACUACACACCGGCAACAGAAAAAGAGAUGACACCAUACGAAGGACAGCAAUUCGAAACAGUAGACAUCGGGAUUGAUUUCUACGAAGCAUACGCUAAGGAAGUAGGAUUUGAUGUUAGGCAUGGCACAAAGCGGAGAAAUCGAUUCGGGGAAGUACAACUUGACAUCGGCCACAAAACCUUCUUGGCUCACUGUGCAAAGGCAAACAUAGGACCCACAAAAGCAUUCAGACUGUUCAAAGAGAUGGUGGGCAGUUUCACAGAUAUAGGAGCAACAUGCAUUGACUUCUGCAAUUUUAGACGGGACCUAUUGGCCUACAUAGCUGAGGCGGACGCCCAAAUGCUGAUAGAAGACAUGUUCAAAAGAAAAGAGGACAACCCGGACUUUUAUUUCGAUUUUGACAUAGACGAAGAAGCACAAUUAACUAGGUUAUUCUGGGCAGACGCAGAAUGUCGGAGGAAUUAUGCAUGCUUUGGAGACGUCAUGUCAUUUGAUGCUACAUACAGCACAAACAGGUACAAGUUAGUGUUCGUCCCUUUCACUGGGGUGGAUAACCACAAAAGAAGCAUUACAUUUGGGGCUGGCUUGAUUGCGAAAGAGGAUGUAGAGUCAUAUGAGUGGCUAGCCAUGAAGUUCAAGGCAGCCAUGGAAUACACACCAAGAUGUACUACAACCGACCAAGAUCCAGCACUAAAGAUAGUAGUACCACAAACUAUGCCAACAACCAGGCACAGAUUCUGUAUGUGGCACAUCAUGUCAAAAGUUGGAGAAAAGGUAGGGGUUGCACUGUGGCAUAAUGCAGACUUCAAAAAGGAACUGAAUAAUACCGUAUGGGAUGACACAUUGACCGUAGAUGAAUUUGAGAGAAAAUGGACAACACUGAUGAAGGACUACAGUCUUGAAGAACAUAGGUGGUUUGCACAACUGUACGAGGCACGUGCCUCGUGGAUACCAGCAUACUUCAACGACAUACUAAUGGGAGGACUGCUAAGGACGACAUCACGGUCAGAAUCAGAAAACAGCUACUUUGGAAAAUUUACAAACCACCACUGUAGCUUGGUAGAAUUCAUGGCACAAUACAACAGUGCAAUUGGAGAACAGAGACAUAGACAGUUAAAACUCAUUGCCGAAAAUGAAGGUUCGUACCCUGAAACUAAAACCCCUUUGAGUAUUGAGAAGCACGCUGCGAGAGUGUACACAAUAAACAUAUUCUAUGAAUUUCAACAAGAGGUAUGGGAUGCCAGUUUCACGUGCUACAUCACCGACAAAAACUCCGUAGGUGAUAUAUGGACUUACAAAGUUGAGGAACGUGGAAAAAUGUUUGAAGUAACAGAAAACCCAAGCAAGGAGCAAAUAGAGUGUGCAUGCAAGCACUUCAACCGUGUCGGUAUACUGUGCAGGCAUAUUGUUCCACGAUGGAUCACGAGACGCACAUGCACAGCCAUUACACGAUGUACCAUGGGCAAGAAGAACAAAUAUUAUCAAGGCGAAUGA